UUUUCUCAAAAAAAAAAAAAAAGUAUUACGACUACUGCUAAUUCAACGUUACUGCAACUAAACAAACUUAAAAAGGUAAAUAAGCUCGUCUGGCUGGGGCCUUCCAAUUCAGACUCAACAUAAAACAACACAACAACUAAACUAAAACCACAAAUCCACAAUGUAGAAACAAGAAGCAUCUGCUUUCUUUCUUCUUUCUCUCAAGCCAAAAUAAACAAAGCCCUCAUAUCUCUCUGUUGCAAUCUUUACCACUUUCACUCACUGACUUCUCUCUUCUCUUCGGCUUCCUAAAAGGUAAAUGGCUUGAAAUUCUCUUCCUUUACACUUCUUUCUCACGCUACUUUUUUUUUUUUUUUCAUUUUUGCAUUCUUUUAGAUAUAUUUGUCUUUUUUUUUUUGUUCUUGAGAUUGCUGGGUUAUCCUUUGGAUCUGAAAUCUUUAUGCUCCUUUAGCUAAGGAAUUCUGCGUUUCCUUUGAUAUUUUCAUUUGUGUUCAAAGAUUGAGUCUUUUUCUGUCCCGGAUCUCGCGUUUUGAACUCCAUUUGACUUGUUGAAUCCAUGAGGAACUCAUGUCAUCACUUCAUUCCUAUGUCUAUUAUCAUUUUUGCCUCCUUCUUGUUUCAAGUUGUCUUUGCUGCUGACUAUGUACCAACUGAGAAAAUUCUCCUAAAUUGUGGUGAGAAAUCUGAGCUUACCGAUAACGAUAAUAGGAAAUGGACUCCGGAUAUUGGGUCCAAGUUUCUGGUGGGAAGUGGGAAUUCUGUCACUUCCCAAGCUGCCACGCAAGAUCCUGCGGUUCCUGAAGUUCCUUACUUGACCGCCCGGGUUUUUCGCUCUAGCUUCACCUUUAGUUUCCCAGUAGCAGCGGGUUGGAAGUUUGUUAGGUUGUAUUUCUAUGCUAAUUCGUAUGACGGACAGAAUGCAACCAAUGCUUUGUUUUCAGUCACUUGUGGUUUCUAUACUCUUCUUAAGAAUUUCAGCGCUGCUCAAACAAGUGAAGCUUUGAAUUACGCCUUCAUUGUUAAGGAAUAUUCCAUUAACGUAGAUGGUGACCAUUUGAACUUAACAUUUAGUCCCUCUUCGAUGCCUUCAAAUGCGUAUGCCUUUGUUAAUGGGAUUGAGGUUUUGUCAAUGCCUGAUAUUUAUAGUAAUACCGAUGGGAUAACGAUUGUGGGUCAAAAAACUCCACUCACCAUUGAUAACAGCACAGCCCUCGAGAACCUUUACCGACUAAAUGUGGGUGGAAAUGAUAUCCCACCUUCUGGCGAUACAGGUUUGUUUAGGUCUUGGUAUGAUGAUCAGCCAUACCUGUUUGGGGCAGCAUUUGGAGUACCAGGAGCUGCUGAUCCAAAUGUUACAAUUGAUCCUACUUAUAUUGCACCAAAAAAUGUGUACACUACUGCUAGAUCCAUGGGGCCGAAUGCUCAAAUAAAUGAUAAUUUCAAUUUAACCUGGAUGUUCGGUAUUGACUCUGGAUUCUCUUACUUGGUCAGGCUACAUUUCUGUGAGUUUACAGAUAACAUCACUAAGAUUAAUCAGAGAGUGUUUAAUGUCUUCCUCAACAAUCAAACUGCUGAGCAUGGGGUUGAUCUCAUUGCACUGGCAAAAGAACAAGUUGAUGUUCCUGUGUAUAGGGAUUACAUCAUCAUUGUACCUGAAGGGAAUUCACAGCAGUAUCUUUGGCUUGCAUUGCAUCCAGACACGAGUGACAAGCCCCAGUAUUAUGAUGCAAUCUUAAAUGGUGUGGAGAUAUUCAAGAUUAGUGAUCCAAGAAGCAACCUUGCAGGGCCCAAUCCAACCCCUGGUCCAAAACAGGAUUUAGUUGACCCGUCAUUGGCUUUGCAAUCUCAUCAAGGUCCUUCAAAGAACCAGAAGGCAAUUAUUGCCGGUGGAGUCUGCGGUGGAGUGGUUUUAGCUCUCGUUAUUGGUUUCUGCGUUAUUGUUGUUUCACGUCAUAGGCAUGGAAAGGAUACUAGCACAAGUGAUGGUCCAUCAGGAUGGCUUCCCCUUUCGUUGUAUGGAAAUUCACAUUCUGCAGGUUCAGCAAAGACAAAUACCACAGGGAGCUAUGCUUCCUCCCUUCCUUCAAACCUUUGCCGCCAUUUCUCAUUUGCUGAGAUUAAGGCUGCCACAAACAACUUUGAUGAGGCUUUACUCCUUGGGGUGGGAGGUUUUGGCAAAGUUUACAAGGGAGAAAUUGAUGGUGGGACAACUAAAGUUGCAAUCAAGCGUGGCAACCCCCUAUCUGAGCAAGGUGUGCAUGAGUUCCAGACUGAGAUUGAAAUGCUUUCCAAACUCCGCCACCGCCACCUUGUUUCAUUGAUUGGUUACUGUGAGGAGAACUGUGAAAUGAUCCUAGUUUAUGAUUAUAUGGCUCAUGGAACAUUGCGUGAACAUCUAUACAAAACCCAAAAGCCUCCUCUUCCAUGGAAGCAAAGGCUUGAAAUAUGCAUUGGGGCUGCUCGUGGCUUACACUAUCUCCACACUGGUGCCAAACACACUAUUAUUCACCGGGAUGUGAAGACAACGAACAUUCUUCUGGAUGAGAAGUGGGUGGCGAAAGUUUCUGAUUUUGGAUUGUCAAAAACUGGCCCCACAUUGGAUCAUACUCAUGUGAGCACUGUUGUGAAGGGUAGCUUUGGCUAUUUGGAUCCCGAGUAUUUCAGACGGCAGCAGCUAACUGAUAAGUCUGAUGUUUACUCUUUUGGAGUCGUCCUCUUUGAGGUCCUUUGUGCUCGUCCAGCAUUGAAUCCUGCAUUGCCAAAGGAGCAAGUCUGCCUUGCAGAGUGGGCAGCACAUUGUUACAAGAAAGGCAUCCUCGAUCAGAUUAUGGAUCCAUAUCUGAAAGGAAAGAUAGCACAGGAAUGCUUCAAAAAGUUUGCUGAGACUGCUAUGAAGUGUGUGGCUGAUCAGGGGAUUGACAGACCAUCUAUGGGUGAUGUGCUGUGGAACCUGGAGUUUGCUUUGCAGCUACAGGAAAGCGCAGAAGAGAGUGGCCAGGGAAUUGGUGAAAUGGACGGCGAGGGGACCUACGAUGUAACCUGUAAAGGCAAGAAAGAUCCCAAUGCAUCCCAUGGUUUUGAUGGUAAUGUGACAGAUUCUAGGAGCAGCGGGAUGAUUAUGAGUAUUGGUGGUCGCAGCCUGGCAAGUGAAGACUCUGAUGGAUUGACACCUAGUGCUUUUUUCUCACAGAUCAUGAACCCUAAAGGGCGUUGAGAUUAGAAGGGCAGAAGUGACUGCAUUUGGCAAGAGCUUGCCCAGAACUCGGUAAGCCAACACGCUUGGUGUUGUUAGUUGAGCACGGAAUCAAAAUUAGGCUUUCUUUGUUGUAUUCAUUUACUUUUAAUAUAUAUAUAUAUAUAUACAUAGAUAUAGAUAUAGAUAUAUAUAUAUAUAUAUAUAUUAUCCCUUCACUCAAUAUGUUUUGGUCAAGUCAGUUAUAAUUUGUAUGUAAAAUUUCAUAAAGAGUGUAAAAUUAAUGGGUUGCACUGACAUUUGGAUUGAACUAAUCAGUCCUCUACUACUGUGUAUUUGGUUAUGUCACGCGCUUAUUUGAUGAAUGAUGAUACAAAACAAUCUGUCCGUUCCUCCUAUUUGAGAACAAGGAGGAAAGAGGACCUAAAAGAACACUAGCUAAAGGCCAACGCAAAGCAAUGUGGGUGGGGUCCAUGUUAGUUUGGUGUAAAGUCUAGACUGGUCAAUUGGGCGGAUGGAUUUGGGUUGGGUUUUAGUUCAGGCCAAUCUUGGGUCUUGAAAAUUUUAGAUAAUUUUGGUUGGAUGGUUAUAGUUUCGGGUUGUUUUGGGUGAUGAUCAUUUU